AUGAUCUGUUAUUUCCUUGUUGUAACUAUAAAUUUUCUAAAAGAAAAGACAACCAUUUGCCAUUAUUUUGUUAACAUUUUUUCAUUGUUUUUGUUUUUGUUUGUUUUUGUUUUUGUUUUUAUUUUUGUCUACUUUUUUUAUGUUAUUUUGUUUUAUCGUUUCUGUUCGUUGUUUACCUAUUUUCCUGCCAAUUCAAUUUGGUACUAUCUUUCUAUUAUCAAUAUUUUCUUUCCCUUAUGUUUUUUUCUAUAUGAAAACUUCACAGGGAGAAAUAGAAGAAAAUGUUCAUUAUUCUGUUUAACUUUGAUAAAAAUUACUUAUACGUCUCCCAAUCAUGGUUUCAUGGUCACUGGUAAGGAAAAAUUCGAAAAACUACGGGACUAA